AUGCACCACCACCUCCCAACCCUCACCCUCCUCCUCCUAACCCUCCACACAACCACCUCCACCUCCACCUCCACCUCUACUACUAGUAUAACCAACCCCCUCAUCGGCCCCACCUGCCAAACCCUCCCCACCGUCAUCGGCCCCAACCUCGACACCGCCUACGACAACUACUACAAAACCAUCUGCAGCCACGGAUGCAAACCCGUCGUCGGCGGGCAAUACACCACACUAAUCAGCGAAACCAUCCUCAAGCCCUCUGUGCAAACCAUCGCCACAAACCUAGGCAUUGAUGCAUCCCGCAUCGCAACCUUCCUCAGCAUCACAGAUGAAUCCAUGAAAGCCGUUGAACAACACUGCAGUGCAACAGCAGACUACUGCGAAGACACCGAAGCGUUCGCGGAGUAUGCUGCUUGUGCCAAGGGGCAGAUAUUCACGGUGAUUACGAGUCAUGCGCUUGAUGUGGCGGUGUUGGUUAGUGAGGAGGUGUGUAAGAAGGAGGUGGAGUAUUUGGGAAACGCGGAGGGAGGGUUUUGGGAGAGUGUGUUGCCGGGGUAUGUGGAUGAUUUUUGGGCCGUUUGUGAGAAGUGGUAAUAGUUUGUUGGUGAUGAGAGGGACAAAAAGGGAGGGAAGAUAAAAAAAGAAUAAGGGAAGCGGUGUUCGCUGCUGCUAUUAAUGGUUGGGUUGUUUGGGGUUUUUGGUUAAUUUUUAUGGAAUUUGUUUUUCACUUGCCUUGUUGGAUAGUAUUAAUC